UCUACGAAUUUAGCGCGCCUGCGUCUUUCCGUUCCGGUCGUCAUAGCGUUCAGUUCUGUUUGGAGUGGUUAGAACAACGAUACAACGGUGGAACAUUCUGGAGAAGCUGCAUGAAAACUGAAGAUUUGAUUUGAAACAAUAAUUGAUCUAACAGUUUGUUUUGAUCAUACAUUCUCAAAAUGACGGCGAUACCUGGAACGGUGGCAUUUGAUGAGUACGGCCGGCCGUUCCUCAUCCUUCGCAAUCAAGAAAAACAGCAACGCCUCGUCGGCCACGAAGCGAUCAAGUCACAUAUUAUGGCAGCACGCAAUGUAGCCAAUAUCCUUAGAACAUCUUUGGGACCGAAAGGAUUAGACAAAUUGAUGGUAAGCUCUGAUGGAGAUAUCACUGUUACCAAUGACGGUGCUACAAUUCUGAAGAAUAUGGAUGUAGACCAUGAAAUUGCCAAACUGAUGGUCCAAUUAUCAAAAUCUCAAGAUGAUGAAAUUGGUGAUGGUACUACUGGAGUAGUUGUACUAGCUGGUGCGCUUUUGGAACAAGCUGAACAACUUUUGGAUAAAGGAAUUCAUCCAAUCAGAAUAGCUGAUGGUUUUGAAUUAGCAGCUGAAUGCGCUACAGACCAUCUGAAGACAAUAACGUAUGAUUUUGAAGGAACCCCAGAAAAUUUGGAGCCUUACAUUGAUAUUGCUAUGACCUCACUUGGUUCAAAAAUCGUUAACAAGUAUCACAGACAGAUGGCUGAAAUUGCUGUACAAGCUGUACUGGCUGUUAUGGAUCCUGAGACUCGCGAUGUUAACUUUGAAUUGAUCAAAAUAGAAGGAAAAGUCGGUGGUAGAUUAGAAGAUACUGUUUUGGUACGCGGUGUCGUCGUAGAUAAGGACUUCAGCCAUCCUCAAAUGCCAAAGAGGUUAGAGGAUGUGAAACUGGCGAUCCUUACGUGUCCGUUCGAGCCACCAAAACCCAAAACCAAGCAUAAGUUGGACGUCACAUCGGUCGAUGAUUACAGAGCGUUGCGUGAUUACGAACGUGAGAAGUUCACGGAAAUGAUAAAACAGAUAAAGGAUGCCGGUACGACACUGGCUAUUUGUCAAUGGGGCUUUGACGAUGAAGCCAAUCAUCUGCUGCUGCAGAACAGUUUACCGGCUGUGAGAUGGGUUGGCGGCCCAGAAAUCGAACUAAUCGCCAUUGCAACCGGUGGACGCAUUGUACCUCGCUUCGAAGAGUUAACGCCGGAGAAGCUUGGUCAUGCUGGUGUCGUCAGGGAAUUAACGUUCGGCACAACAAAAGACCGAAUGUUGGUCAUCGAGGAAUGCAAGAAUUCUCGCGCCGUGACGAUCUUCAUCCGCGGUGGCAACAAAAUGAUCAUUGAGGAGGCAAAGCGAUCGAUCCAUGACGCAUUGUGUACCGUGCGCAAUGUAGUCAAGGAUAAGAAGAUCCUGUACGGUGGAGGCGCGCCAGAAAUAUCCUGCGCGUUGGAAUGCACGGCGCAAGCUGAUAAAAUCGGCACACUGGAACAAUACGCCUUCCGUGCUUUUGCCGAAGCAUUGGAAAGCGUCCCUAUGGCGCUAGCAGAAAAUACCGGCCUUUCUUCAGUUGACACAAUAGCGGAAGUCAAGGCUCGCCAAUUGUCCGAGAAGAAUCCCACUCUCGGUAUUGACUGCCUAAACCGAGGCACAGCAAAUAUGAUGGCGCAGAACGUCAUGGAAACCCUGACGAGCAAGACGCAACAGAUCAUGUUGGCUACCCAGCUAGUCAAGAUGAUCUUGAAAAUCGACGAUAUACGUUCACCGAGCGACAUUGGUGACAUGUCGUAAGCAAGCUACACUUGCUUAUUAAUAUUUAUAUAUAAUUCUACAUUUUAUUGUGCUAACAAUUAGUGCUGUCAUUUAGAUCUGAGUAUUCGAUUGUCUUGGAUAUUCGAAAUAUAAUAAUUGCAUACAUAUGUUGCAUUGUUAAUACAAAAUUACCGCAUAUAAUUGUAUCACACGUAAAAAAUAACAAAAAUUUAUAAUACAACUCAUUUAUAAUACAAAAUUAACAAUGCAAUACAUGUACGUAAUUAUUAUAUUUCGAAUACUCGGUAUUGACCCGGGUAAUACUCACCUAUCCGAGUACUGACAGCACUGCUAACAAUAUCUUUUUAUUAUAUAAUAUAUAAGGUAACAAAUUGAUGAAAAAUGCGAAUGCAUCUAAAAAUAGUAUUCUUAUUUAUAUUGCGCUUCUAUAUGCUAUGCAUUCACAAUUUGUAAGAAAUCCAAUUUUGAAUUAAACAUUGGUUUUCAUCCAUUUAUUAUAAUCUUAUAAUUAACAUAAUAAAAAGAUAUUGUAAUACAAUGUUAUCUGAUUUUUGUAUACUAGUAUGCGAAUAAUAUUUGCUUAAUAUCUGA